AUGGUGCUUGAGGCUGAAAGGAAGGUUCUUUCGAGGUGUGUGAUAUCUUCUGUGAAAGCAAGGAAAUUGUUGUGCAAGGGAUGUAAAGCAUACCUGAUCCAUAUAGUGGAUACAAGAAUUGUUGCACCAAACUUCAACGAUGUUCCCAUUGUUCAAGAGUUUGAGGAUAAAUUUCCUAAUGAAUUAACUGGAUUACCUCCAGAUCGAGAGUUUGAGUUUGCUAUUGACUUGCUACCAGGUUAUUAUCGACGUUUUGUCGAGGGGUUUUCUAAGAUUGUUGCACCCUUGUCACGAUUAACUCGAAAGGAGAAAAAGUUUGUUUGGGAUGAGAAAUUGCUCACCCUGCCUACCAGUGGUAAAGAGUUUGUGGUGUUCAGCGAAGCUUCACGACAGGGACUUGGUUGUGUACUGAUGCAAGAUGGGAGAGUGAUAGCAUAUGCUUCUCGGCAAUUGAAGAAACAUGAGUUGAAUGAUCCUACCCAUGAUUUGGAGUUAGCAGCAGUGAAGGAGCUAGACUUGAGGCAGCGUAGAUGGCUAGAGUUGAUCAAGGAUUAUGAUCUGGUGAUUGACUACCAUCCAAGGAAGGCCAAUGUGGUAGCCGAUGCUCUAAGUAGGAAGACUUCAACUUCUCUAACUUCUGCUACAACAUCUUAUCGGUCUCAACUUGCAGUUCUUCGGGACAUGGAUGUGAGACUUAAGGUUGAGCCAAAGGGAGUUUUGUUAGCAACGUUUUGUGUUAAGACCGUCAUUACUUGA